AUGUAUCCCGUGCGCAAGGCGGAAAGUGAAAUGUCAACUUGUCGAUGGCAGCAAAUGUGCCCGAUGCAGCAAGAAGCGGCUCGACUGCACCUUUUCAACGAAGAAACCUUGGUCGCGGGAAGCGAAGAAUUCAAGAAACGUGUCAAGUCCCAAGGCGCUUCGCAACAAGCCGAGACCGAACACGGCGGGCUUCCAACAUCAAUACUGCAGAAAGUUGUCUCAAGCAACAAUGACGCCAUGAAUAUUCUCUAUGAAGCAGCACUUCUCGAAGGAAAUAACCGUGUCAUCAACGAAAUGCCCCCAGCCGAUUCGGCAUUGAGUAUUCCUCGAAGCUUAAACGAGACUGACGCACUCCGCAUUUGGAAUGCGUGCCGCUUUGUGAAAAUGGGCUGGUUCUCUUCGCAUGAAGCUAUUACAUUAGUUGACAAGUCAGUUCACACACAUGUGUAG